UACCACUUACACAUACACCUUAGGGAACUCCACUCGUACAUCUAGGGGAACUUCAGAGAAACAAGUCGGGCGGGCAAGAAAUUGACAUUUUUAUUAGAAUGCAGUGUGUUUGUAAUUAACUGAAUCUGGAAAUUUUGAAACUAUCAAUGGAUUCGAUAAUUGUAAGGAUCACUGUGUUUUGCCUCUUCUUUUCACUCGCAAGGGGCUGGCUGUUCUCGCGCAUGUCAAAUGAAGUAUGUUAUGGAAAAUUGGGAUGUUUCUCCAAAGAAUAUCCGUUUACCAAUGCAAAAGGUAUGUUGCCACGCCCACCUAAAGUUAUUGGAACUAAGUUUCUCCUCUUCACACGAAACUCCACACAGGAAUAUGAGGAGCUGGUUCUUACAGACCGGCAAAAGAAGUGCGCCUGGAAAUCGUUGUGCAAGCUCAAGCAAAUUAAAGUGAUUAUUCAUGGAUACAUGGAUUCUGUAGAAAAACAAUGGGUGAAGGACAUGGUUGGAGCAUUGUUGAAACAUGAUGAUUAUAAUGUCAUCUUCGUGGAUUGGCGUAAAGGUGCAUGGGAGAUUAAUUAUUUACGAGCAGUGGCUAACACGAGAGUUGUAGGUGCUCAAGUGGCGCAGCUUCUUAAAGUUUUGAGAAAGGUGUACGAUAUCGACCCAGUGAACGUGCACAUUAUCGGACACAGCCUUGGUGCACACACUGCCGGAUAUGUAGGGGAACACAUGGAAAACAUUGGCAGAAUCACAGGACUAGACCCAGCCGGACCAUCAUUUGAGAAGACUGACCCGAGGGUGCGUUUAGACCGAACUGACGCGCUUUUCGUAGACGUCAUUCAUACAGAUGCCGAACAUCUAUUUAGUCUAGCAGGUUUUGGUUUGAAACAGCAGAUUGGUACAGUAGAUUUCUAUCCAAACGGUGGGAAAGAUCAACCCGGAUGCCCUACAACCUACUUUGCACAAAUGAGUUUGCUGUUCUCUGGGAAUUUUCAAUUCGUCAACAACUUUGCAUGCAGCCAUCUCCGUGCCCUCGAGUUUUUCACAGAAUCCAUCAACAGCGAGUGCCAAUUUAACGCAUACCCGUGUGAAAUUAUCAACAACAAAGCGUCGAAUCAGUGCAAGUCAUGCAAAACCGGAUGUGGAAUCAUGGGACUUCAUACAAACACUUCAAUGAUUCCGGGAAUAUAUUUCUUGGAAACAAAUUCCAGUGAGCCAUAUUGUAAGAAAUAGGGUCAUAUGCACCUUUGUUAACUUUGAAGUUAACUAUAUACGGAAGCGUAGAAGGGACCUUAGAUUUUUUUCCGCAUAAGCACGAGAUAUUUUUUCAAACAUCAAUUUUCUCCACGAGAGAACUGAAAGAAAAUAUAUAAUGAUAAUUAUUUGGAGUACAGAUGCUAAAGAAUUAUAUCAAGAAGGCGUUGCCCGAAUGAUAUCGACAAUGAUUUUAUAUUCAAAAGCAAACAGCAGUUACAGAUAUAUUAUUUCGAGUCAGACACGUUAUGAUGAUUAUCAAGGAUUACUAUGUACAUCCUUGACGACAUCCAUAAAAUUUUUGCCAGUUUUGCUUGGAUUUCUUUUCCAGCGCAUCGCUUUGACGUUAGACGCUAUGACGCAAUAAUUGGGACAUACAAACGGUGCAUAAUAACACACAUUUACCGUCUUCUUUGUUUAAUUGCAAAUUAACUCGAUCGUGUUAAAAUUGAUAUUUCUCGCUGUGAGAAUUACACAAGCGAUUUCAAUGUAAUAGUCCUGUUCAAUAAGGGUUGUUAUCUCCCCUGAUUUAUUACUCCCCUUGUGAACUCUUCAGUGCUAAAAGAUAAGAUCAGCAUACAUUCAAAAUAUUGGGGAGUAAAAACAUGAUUAACCGAAUAGGCUUAUGAAACAAAUUGCUGAUAACAAUCUGUUGACAGAAAUUGAAUAUUUAUCAUGUUUAUAUAAUAAUUGAUAAAAGUGUAAACAGCAUGUCAUCUGGUCUAAUCUUGCAUUAUCAAUUAUGUGAGAAAUUCUGUUACUUUGACUGCAAUAUUAAAUAAUUGAAAUCAUGAGUGUCCUAAUAUCCUAGUUUUAUGCAGGAUCUGAAAGAAAAUUCUAAGCCUUACUGAUUUUAUUCGAAACAAAAUUUCAUUAAAUACAUGUAUAGCUGAUAUUGAGAAAGACCAUUUUUAAAGAAGUUGAAAUAAAUGCCAAACAUUGUUAAAAAGUGAAGCGAGUGCGGAUUUCCUCUUAAAUUUUCAGAAGUAUUACAGACUUACAGAGCGGAUACUUGAUUGUUUCAGUUUAAAAUUAAAAUAUUUUUCACAGAUUGGAACAUCAUAUGUAAUAUUUCUACGAGUGGGCAACCACAAGAGAGCAUGUAAAUUCUGGUGUCCACAUGUGAAUUAAAUUUCACCUGAAAGUAUGAAUAAGUCGCUUUGACAAAAUGUAAAGUUAUUAGAAAUAAUUAAAGGUACGACAGUUUUCAUGUGUAUAUAUAUGUGUAAAUAUUUUGUUGAUUCACUGAAUAAAUGCUUUAGAUGUUAAAUUUAAGAAAUAGAGUAUGUUUGUUAUCAAAGUUUUUUUAACAAUGAAAAAUAUGCCCCUUCGCACACCCUGCUGUCAUUAAAGAAAUUGUUCAACAGGAUUAAAAAUUGUUAAUAUGCAGGAAGACCUUUGUUCCCUAAAGUGAACCUGGUUAAAGCAAUCAGUUUCCAGUGUUCAAUUCCAUGAUAGUUUGAACCUCAUUUAAACAGCCACAUUUAUCACUUUGACCUAAAGACAUACUAUCCUUAAGUUACUUAUCCGAAUGUAGAUAUAUAUUUUAAACCAGUCACUACCUUUGAACUUUGAACAUCUAGUAAGUUUAGAAAAGGAUUUAGUCCUGCUCGCCAAAACAUUUUUAGACAGUAGCAUUUUAAGUGGUAGGUAGCAGGAGGGGAAACAAAGUUUUAUUUCAUAGUGGAAUAUUAAUUUCAGCGAUUGUUUUCCUUCUUUAUAUAGAUACUCCUUUUCAGACAGCUAAUAUACUGAUCAUGAGCUUACCCUCCAGUCAUUAUGCCAUCUCAGUGAUAUUGAAAUUACUCGAUUUGACGAUUGUUUGGUUUUGUUUUAAAAAGUUAAAAACUAUUACAUGUACAAGAAUUCUCUCGAUUUCACGAAAAAAGUCAGCUAGUUGUGAAAAAAAAUAUAUUAAAGGAAAAUAAUAUGUCAUAUUGUGUUCGGCGAAAUAUUUUAUCUAUUUAAGGGACGGAAUAGCUCUUCUUGAUUAGUAUGUAGGUAAGUUCCAUUUUAGGACGAAGAAGCUGCUAAAAUAAACUAAAAAUACCCACUACUUUAUGACAUUUAAUUAUUCACAUAGAAAUAGUUCAAAAGUUAGACAGUUAAGUAUUUAGUAACAAGUCACUGAAACAUUGUUUACAGAAAGACAUAAUGAAAUUUAACAUUUACAUGUUAGUGGUUGUUGACAAGUAUUCAGUCUUUUUCAACUUUAAUACAAAGCUUUCCCCCGUUAUACACGCUCUGAAAACAACUCUUAAAUGAAUGCUACUUUGUAGAAUGAAAUUAAUUUUGGCAGCAUUUCAUUCCAAACACAAAUUAGAUCCUUUCAACAGAAUUUCCCUUCAAAGUCUAUACAAAGAAGUCUUGUGCUCAGGUAUUUUCUCUCCAAGAGGAGUACAAAUUUAAAAAGUUCUAAUUGUCGUUGUUUGUAGCGUUGAUCGUCCUCGAUAUGUAUUUCACAAAGUGGCCUCAUACCUAAUUUAACAAGUCCUUUAGUACGUUUUAUUAAUUGUGGCCUAUUUCCUGGCACAUGUGUACCUCUAUCUCUUCAAUAAACCCUCAAUUCACGCACUGAAUGUUUGUCAAAGUCAAUCGAUUCAUCAAUUCCUUCGUUCGUCGCCAUUUUCUGAUUUUAUUUGCUCACCGGAAGUAGUUUUUAUCAAGAACGACAACUCACGCAAGGAAGUAACAACCUUAUUGAACAGGACUAUACAAGUAUUUCAUCCAUUUAGUCAAGAACAUCAAACAAAUGUAUAUGAGCCGCACCAUGAGAAAACCAACAUAGUGCAUUUGCGACCAGCAUGGAUCCAGACCAGCCUGCGCAUCCGCGCAGUCUGGUCAGGAUCCAUGCUGUUCGCUUUAAAACCUAUUGCAAUUACAGAAACCGUUAGCGAACAGCAUGGAUCCUGACCAGACUGUGCGGAUGCACAGGCUGGUCUGGAUCCAUGCUGGUCGCAAAUGCACUAUGUUGGUUUUCUCAUGGUGCGGCUCAUAUUAUAUUGUUCAUUCACUGAAUAUUCUAACAAUGUUAUGUUUAUUCAAGUAAUGUCAGCUUAGCAGAGUGAACUAUUGCCAAACAGUAGAUCAAUUACUUUAAUAAUUUUCUGCUCGUUGUUGUAAUCAACGAUAAAGAAAUGAUGUUAAGAAAGUUUUAUCUUAUUUAAGCAUUGUAGGUAUCUGAAGGAGCAGAAUAUUGACGUUUUAAUGCAUUUUAUGUUAAGUGUAUUUUGAUGUGUUUCUAUCAAAUUCCUUUUCGGAACAAUUACACACCAGUAAAAGAAUUUUAAAAUUAUUUGAAUGAAUUAUGUCAAUGACAAUUUGAGAAAUAUUUCAUAACGCUGGCAACUUUCCAAAUAUUUUUCCAAAAUCAUUUAGUUUCAACAGAGUUUUUGCAAUCUUUUUAUGUUUUAACUGUUAGACCAGUCUCACUUUAGACAUAUGUCCUUGUAAAGUCGCUUUUUUUUCAGCUCCGUGCUUCUGCUGCAUGAUCAUACCUGGAUUUUGAGGUUCUGACUAGAUGGGACAGGAAAUGAACUGGAACCGGUUGUUCGAAACUUUAACAGGCGAUUAAGCUAACGGUUGAUUAACUUUUAUGGUUAUUUUUCGGCAUUUCAGAAGACUUUGAAAAACAAAUGUAUAGGGUAAGAAUUUAGAACACUGGAAAAUCUUUACAAUAAAAUCAAAACAUCAUACUAGUGUGUCCCACCAAGUCUAGUAUUUUGAAUCAAAAUUUAACUGGAGAUUAGUUUAACAGCCGGUUAAAGUUUCGAACAACCGGACCCAGGUCUUGGGGAUGAGUCUAAUUUUCAUUGAUUAGAUAAAUGAACUUAAGACGUUUGUAAAUAAAGUGUUUGCAAUGACAGAAAUAAUGAAAAGUA